UUAUGAUCGAGGCGAGAAUUGCAUUAAGUAUUCAGCAAUACCGAUUUUUUCGAGCAAACAGUAAAUAAUACAAAUAAAGCGGAAAAAAAAAAUAGAAACAGCGAACCGCCAAUGCCUUAGUCGACGAUAAAAUGAGGAGCAGCAGCUCAGAACUGCUCCUGGAUCAACAGGAAGAACUUAGGAAACGAAAGAUCAAGGAAUUGGCAUUAGCGAAAAAACAACAGACGAAACAACAAGGGGCAAGAUCAUGUCGGGAACAGGCACUUUUCUAUUCAACGAGUCUGCUGGCCGUAAUAGCAAUGGGGGCAGGUUCCUCUCUACUUUUUCUCGUGCCAUUAUAUGUCGACCCAGCUAUAUCAACCCUAGCGUCGGACUUCGUCACAGAACCGGUUAUGUGUGUGACAACUCGUCAUGAGCAGCUAACGGGGCUGGCCAAUUGCUCGUGGAGUUCUUGCCGCGAAGGCUGUACUAGUGAUUCUUAUCACUGCACACACAUUUACGUCAGCUACAAUGAAACUACAGCUUCUGAUAACCGUACGGAUGAUGCUGUGCUGCUAGUUAAUAUCAAAGGUUGUGGGUAUCCUCCAUCUAUUCGGUGUGCCAACUUUACUGAAACUUAUGGGACAGAAGGCACCUCCUUUCCGUGCUAUCCAUCUAGGGAGAACCGUACCGUCGUAUUAACGCAUUACGAACGCGAUGAGCAAGUUGCUAUUAUCAUUCAUUAUUUUGCAGUACCCUUUGUAAUCACUCUCGCCACGUCUGUGGCACUGUGUGUAAUGCAUUGCGAUUGCACGUGUAGACCUGCUACUCAUCGUACAAGAUCUCGACGUCCUCCACGACUAGGACAACCCUUAAGGCCAGAAUUCAGUGACGGCUCCCUUAGUUUGGGUCUUCAUCCCACACUGUCCUGACUCGCGGUUAUCAAACACAUAAUUUUAUAUUGAAAUCAAACCGCGUGUAUACUUCGAGUAUCGUUUCCUUUGAACAUCCUGAGUAUAUAACUGCCUCGGUGAAUACCAUCUAGGGAUUUGAAAGAGUAAGAAGUUUCGCUGGUUCUCUGAUCGUGAACUUAGCCGAUGUAGGAUCAAAGCUUUCCUUGUGUGGUACCAAAGCUUAGAAAUAUAGAAUUUAGAUAAAAACUACUAUAAAAAUAUUUCCAAGUUUGUUGUUUAGAGGAGGAAUUCAUUACCCUAGAUUAAAUCAAAUAUCAUCUAUCUAAUAAAAAAAAUGUACAGGACCCAUUCGAAAGAGUAAAUAAGGAGUUGCGCUAUAAUCAAAUAUAUUUAGAAAUUAUUUUCUAUUGAUAUUUUAUGGACCACGUUCAAUAUGAUUUAUCUAAUAUUUGUUACUGUUAAACGCGUGGGAAUCAUUCGUUCGUUAAUGAUUUUAGUGUACUUAUAAUGUCGUCUAAGCUGUUACGUGGCAGAAAGUUUGUUGUAAUUUAGUAAGAAAAAAAUCAAAUGAUGUUACUAUAUGAAAAAUAUAUAAACGCCUGUGAUUUAAUUUAUAUAUUUUUUCUUGAAAUAAAUGACU